UCAUUUCCCGGUUCCUGAAUUUCUUCCACGCCUCGGCCUCCAGCGGAUUAACAAUUUCUUGUGUCACCCGGUGCUGCCGGUGUUUUUUUUUCUCUCGCUUGCUUACGCAUCUUGAUCCGUGAUUAAGCUGUGGAAAAGAUAGGCGCAUGCGGCGGAGCUAGCCGAGCAAUGUGGCCUUAUUAGUGACGACACUGCAGCGCUAUACGGGGAAAACCGACCACGAUCUGGGGCGCGGGCUUGAAGCGAAGCGCACCCAACCACCAACUACGCCAUUGAGCAUUGCCAUUUGCUUGCGUGCAUCAUCAUACGACCACGCGCAGACGAUUCCCACCUCGCUCUGCUUUCUCCUCCGGUCCCUCGAGUGUUGCACCCGUGAUCGCCCCGAAGACUCGAUGGAUGCGACAUCGGGCAAGGCGGGCAUCAUCCGCGCGAGCGAUGAUGAUGGCACCAUGACCAAGCUGUCCGCUGCCGUCCUCGAUGACUUAUUAUACAAUAUUAUUUCCGAUCUCGUGCUCCAAACGCACCGGGAGGAAAAAAUCGCAAAGGCGAACACGGCCGCGAUACGUGUCGAGAAGCUCGCCUCCGAGGCCUCAGAAUCUGGCACCGACUUGGCACCCGACGUCCGGAUCGAGACCGAUGCGGCAAUCUUCGACGACGGCAAGGUCUACCUCAAGGGCAAUCCAUUGAAAACUACAAAGGAGAUUCUGUGCCCGAAAUGCCACCUGCCCAGGCUGUUCCAUCCGACCGACGGCAAGGGCGCGCGGAAACCCGACCCGACGAUACUGUACUGCAAGAAGCACCCUUACAUCGACAAGCCGAACUGCGAUAUCUACGGGCAAAUGUGGCAGGGCCCCGGGCCCGGACGAGGCAAGAAGAAGAAGGACAUGGAGAAGAAGGAGGAGUCGGCCGCGGAUCGUCCUGCAAACGUCCUCUCCUUCCCGUCGGCGACGUGCAGCAAAUGCAAGAGGUGUAUUCUGGUGACGCGGCUGAACAACCACAUGGGCUCGUGCAUCGGCAACAGCGGGAGGAACGCCAGCCGUGCCGCGGCGCAGAAGAUGGGCAAUGGUAACAGCGGCGAACCCACGCCUCCGUCGUCGCAAAAGGUCACCCCGGCGCCGGGCUCUCGCGCGACCAGUCCUCGGAAGAGGGACGUGAGCGAGGAAGGCGAGGACGAAUCGGAGAGCAGUCACAAGAAGAAGAAGCACAAGUCGAGCUCGGUCACGUCGAACCCCAACCCCAAGAAGGUCAUCCUCAAAACGAAGAACUCGUUCAAAAAGGAGAGCAAUGGAAGCACCCUGCCCAAAAGCUCGUCGAACUUGAGCCAGGAGCAAAAGGCAGAGUACGACAUACCCGACCUGGGCUCUGUCGAGGUACCACCCAAGAAAUCGACGAACAAGGCGAGCAGUCCUGCCAAGAAGCUCAAGGCCGUCAAAGCCGCGCAGCUCCCAGCAACACUGAAGAAUGGAAGAGACGCGGAUGGUGAGAGCGAAUCAUCUGGAGGCACACUGUCCUCCCCACCGCAAUAGAGGGCGCGCCGUCCUUGGGGCUGUGGUAAAAGGACAGUCUUGGUUUGCUCAGAAACUGAUGGGUUGGAUACAUCAGCCAACAGGUCAGAGGCGAAACAUGGUCGGGCAGCAACCAUUCCUAUUGUAACAUCUAUCUAUCACACAGCAUUGGGCAGCGUUCAAGGUGGCUAUUUUGGCCACAAAUCAUAUUCCAUAGCAUCAUGGUACGGGAUCAGGGGCGAUCAGGAGCGGUGCUCUUGCUAUCAUGGAGUUGCUUCUUUGUUUUUCAAUA